UAUUUUCUUAAAAUUUGUCGACAAGAUUGAAUUUUUCUCGGAUAUUUCCUGUUGAGCUGAGAAAUGGCAGCUGAGAAAGAGAAAAAUAGUGAUUUCUCUGGUGUUAUGGGGCUGAAGAAAGAAUGCACGCCAGCUGAUCUGAGAAAUGCCUACAAGAAACAUGCAAUGAAAUGGCAUCCGGAUCGUUGCAGUGCUUCUGCAAAUCAAAAGUUUGUCAAAGAGGCAAAGGAAAAAUUUCAAGAUAUUCAGCAAGCUUAUUCAGUUCUUUCGGAUGCAAACAAAAGGUUUCUGUACGACGUAGGAAUCUAUAACAGCAAUGAUGAUGAUGAUGAAGAAAAUGGUAUGGGUGAUUUCUUGAGUGAAAUGGCAGGCAGCAAUAAUGAACCAAAAUAAUUCAAAUGUGAAUUCUUUUUACCAAUCUUUGUGCAUCUCUCAGCGGCGGCGAUAUUAUAGCUCCGCCGCACAUUUCGAGAAUUGGUCUGCAAUUUUUAAGUGAUUGCUAUAACAAUG